UCAAUGAUUGCGGGACCAUCUAACACGGGCCGGGUUAAUUUGUUAAAGUGAAGAGUGACUUGCUAUUGCGAUUCAGCAUUUUACAUUUUUAGAAAAAGUAUAGAUAUGUAUUUGUAGUUUGUAAUGUAUAUAUACAUUUCAUGAUCAUCUCAAGUUCUUGGAAGAUCACCAGACCCCAACUGCGUCAGACUAAUAAGCAAUCAACUUCCUUUACAUCUUUCUUAGAGAAUCCCAUGAGCCAUACAGAUAACAACUACGUCCUUAGAGAGACUGAAGCAUCAGAUUCACUAGCUCAUGAUGACCAGUCUCCAUAUCAGCCAAAAGUCGAGCUCAAUCUUAGCACGCCAUCUAUGCCAAUUGGCAGUGACCCCAAGAUGGCUAAAAGGAUUUACCACAAUGCUAGCGAGCGUGAUCGUCGCAAGAAGAUGAAUGCUUUGUACUCCACUCUCCGUUCACUACUUCCCUCGGCUGAUCAAGCGGAAAAAUUAAGUGUUCCGACUACAAUUUCGCGCAUGCUUAAAUACAUACCAAAACUAGAACAAGAAGUGGAGGUACUGAUGCAAAAGAAGGUAGAGCUUAUAUCAAGGAUUUCUAGGCAAGGUGAACAAAUUCAUCAAGAAAAUCAGAGACAAAUUGUAGGUCGGAGCUCUUUAUCUGUUGUUUCUGCAAACUGGCUUAACGAUAGAGAAGUUAUGAUUCAGAUAUCUACAUAUAAGGUUCAUAAAUGUCCAUUAGCAAAUAUCUUGCUUAAUUUGGAGAAGGAUGGGUUUCUAGUAUUAAAUGUUUCUUCCUUUGAGUGCUUUGGAGGAAGGGUUUUUCAUAAUUUACACCUCCAGGCAGAAAGGAGUUAUGCUUUGGAGCGUGCGGUGGUUUUGAGUGAGAAGCUCCUAUCAUUAUAUGAAAUGGGGAAAGGGUUCAAGCACGAAAAUCAUCAUGGCUGCGUUGGAAACGCAUUCAUGAGUUGACAGUGAUCAGUCCUAUCUAUUGUUCUAGUACGGUUUGAAUAACCACUUUACUUUUGCAGAAUUUAAGCUGCGGGUUUGUAAGGAAUUUGUUAUUGAUAUAUCUAUGGUUUUGAAUAUUUUGAUGGAGGUGAGAUAAGUGAGUGUCUGUUUGAAAUAAGUUGAAAAUUUUAGCUUAUU